UGUUUUCUUAAAAAAGACGUUUAGUCUUUUAGUUAAAGUUGAGAUCUCGCGGCGAAUAGAUGUUCUUUCUUCCUGCUGCCGCUGCUAAAUCACUGUAUUUAGCAGAUUAGUAGUAAUAAUCUAUAUCUACUAUAUAGAAUCUCUCUUUAAAAGAAAACAAACAAAAAUGUGCCCUAGUGUUAAGAAAUAAUUAAUUCAACAAAUAAUACUCUAAUACCUUCGUGGAAAUAAAAUUUAAAAUAAAAAAUAAAAACGAAUAAGAACCUUAAUAACAUUCAGUGUUUAUGUUAUAAAAAAUUUACAGCCAAAUUAUGAUUAAAAACGAAAUCAUAAACAUGGCAUUUUGCCUUUUUAAAAUGUGUCUUAUUUUCACAUUACUACAAUCGACUGUGCGAGGAUUUAAUUUGGAUUUACCGACUUUCAUCAGACACAAUGGUAAUCGAGGAUCAAUGUUUGGAUUUAGUGUGGCAUUAUAUAAAAGUGCUGGUAAUGGAGCUUCAUAUCCUUCAAAAUGGGUAAUUGUUGGAGCGCCAAAGGAUAACAAUUCGCUAUACCAACCAUCGAUCACACAACCUGGUGCUGUUUGGAGGUGCGAUAUCGAAGGCGAUGAUCGUUGUCGAAUUGUGGCAUUCGAUUCACAACCCGGUAUAAACAAAUGUUUUAUACCACAUAUAGCGAAUCAAAUAAACGAUCGACAUGAACAAAUUGAUAAUAAAUCGAAUCAAUGGUUGGGCGCCACUAUUGCGGCGAGUAGCGAAGAAAACGGAAUUAUUGUGGCUUGUGCACCAAGAUAUGUUUUCCAUACAAUGAAUCCAACACGUCGUCCUAGUAUAGAACCAGUUGGAACGUGCUUUACAUCAAGGAAUUUUUCAACUUUCACAGAAUAUUCUCCCUGCCGAACAAACUUUUUUGGAUAUCAUAGACAGGGUUCUUGUCAAGCUGGUCUAAGUGCAGGUGUUAGCAAGAAAGGUGAUCGUUUAUUUAUUGGUGCUCCUGGUAGCUGGUAUUGGCAAGGAGAAGCAUUUUCAAUUGACCCCGAUUCAAAAUAUCCGUAUAAGCCGCCAAUGUAUCAAGAUUUCGGCUAUGGAGGUCAAUCAUAUUCUUAUGAUAUAAUGCAUCCAAAAAGUAAGGUCUAUGCUACCACACAAGGUAGUGCCAACGAUGAUGACUCCUACCUGGGUUACUCCACAGUAACUGGUGACUUUGAUGGUGAUGGCGAAGAAGACGUAGCUCUGGGUAUGCCACGUGGCACCAAUCUCAAGGGCAAAAUAUCUGUUUACAAAUGGAACAUGGUGAAUAUGUUCAACAUCACGGGUUGGCAAAUUGGUGCUUAUUUUGGAUACUCAAUGUGUACGAGCGAUGUGGACGGUGAUGGUUAUGAUGAUUUGAUAAUUGGUGCACCAAUGUAUACCAAGCCCAACAAUGAGGGCAAGUACGAUGUGGGUAGGGUGUACAUCAUGAUGCAGGGUAAAAACCCGAGGGAGAAAUUCGCCCAACAUGAAUUCAGAGAUGGAACAAAUUCUAAAGGACGCUUCGGCCUAGCACUCACGAAUCUCGGUGACAUCAAUCUUGAUGGUUUUGGUGAUUUCGCGGUUGGUGCUCCCUACGAUGGACCAAAUGGAAAUGGUGCUGUUUAUAUUUUCCAUGGUUCCGAUAAGGGACCAUUGCAAUUGCCUUCGCAAGUUAUCUACGCCGAGGAUGUGAUUGGAGUUCAACCUCCGAGGACUUUUGGUUUUUCCUUAUCCGGUGGUAUUGAUUUGGAUGGAAACUUGUAUCCUGAUUUGGCUGUUGGUGCUUAUGCUUCCGAUCAAGUUAUAGUGUUUAGAUCUCGGCCAGUUGCGGUGGUAGAUGCAAGGACUACUUUCAUGAGUCCAUCAAAACUGAUUUCAUUGGAUCAGAAGGCGUGCAAGACUCGUGACAUGAGGGAUGUCCCUUGCACGAAUGUCAACUCUUGCUGGAGGUAUUCCGGUAUAAACCUUCCCGAGGUGUUAGACUUCCAGGUUUCUUUGGUUCUCGAUGCCCGCAAAAUCAAGAGUCCUCGUAUGUUCUUCCUCAAAACUGAAGGACGAAAUAUCCAAAACUCUACAAUUCGGCUACAACGAGGCAAGACUUUCUGUCUUAACGAAACUGUUUACUUGAUGGAAAAUAUCCGUGAUAAGCUCACUCCUUUGGAUGUCGAACUUCGUUAUCAACUUAGAAGCGAUUCAGCUGGACGUCGACACGAGAGAGUAAAACGUGAAUCUUUGGAACCAAUUAUCGAUCAAAACCGUGAAAUUAUCCAAAGGGAUUCUCUGCAUAUCCAAAAGAACUGCGGAAUGGACAACAUUUGCGUACCUGAUCUACGAUUGGAAAUUACAACUGUCAACAAAUAUUUACUGGGAUCUCGGGAACCUUUACAAAUCGAGGUUUUAAUUUCGAACUUUGGUGAAGAUGCAUUUGAAGCUGGUUUCUAUAUGACAAUGCCGGAGGAUUUGAACUUUAAGAAGAUCCAACAAAUUGGCGAUGGCCGGGAUAUUCCAAUAACCUGUGCAGCUCCAACUCAAGCUUCUAACUAUACAUUGAAAUGUGAUAUUGGAAAUCCAUUGCCAGCUGGUAAAGUGGCUAACUUUAAAGUUGUCAUGCUUCCAUCAGCAAAGGUUGGUAUGGCUUCUAGUUAUGAUUUCUUCAUGGAAGCAAAUACUACAAAUCCAGAAAAAGAAGGUUCUAAAUUCGAUAACAUCAUUCGGAAGAGUAUUGGAAUUUGGGUUGAGACAGAACUGGCUAUAGAAGGAACAUCAUUCCCAGAAUUUGGAGACUAUAAGGCAUCAGAAUUCAAGGCUAUCGAAAAUGCUACCAAGGAAAAUGAUUUGGGACCUCAUGUCGUCCAUAUUUAUAACAUUCGCAACAAUGGACCUUCCAUGAUCGAAGAAGCUGUUAUCCAUAUACAAUACCCCUACCAAACCCUGGGAGACGAUGUUCUGAUGUAUCUUCUUAAUCAGCCUGAAACAGAUGGAAACAUUGUGUGUGAUCCUCAUGUCAACGUUAAUCCACUUAAUCUACAACUUGAUCAGAGUUUGGCUAAGAAGAGCUACUUGGUGUCGAUUGGAGCAGUUAUUCGAAAUUCCACAACUCACGUCUCUCAUGUCGAACAAUCUUCGGGAACUGUAUUCAGACCAGUGUCUACCGAUCGCCGCAUUGUAACCGAGGAGGAAAAACGACUAUUGGACGAAGAAGAGAAACGCGAAUCGAGUGGUGAUGCAUCGUUUGUGCAUGCUCAGCGUGCAAAUGAGGCUGCAGCUGCUGCCGCCGCUGCUGCUUCUUCAGUUGCUUAUGCUUCAAUGGCGUCAGGAGGUGAAAGUGGUGGACGUCAAGGCUAUUCAUCUUCAUCAUCCUGGAAUAGUUCGUCCAGAAGUGAUGGAAUUAAUGGCCCAUCAGUUGUUGUGUCUUCAAGAAAUCGAAGUGUCACAUAUGGCUCCGAUGGCAGGCCAAUUGUCGUGGAAACGAGCACUGAAUACGUUCAUAAUCUAAAUCGUCAACAGGGAGCAGGAGCUAGCAAUUCGCAAUAUGCUCAACAAAGGACCAAUAUGGCUGCCAACCGCGGUGAAUGGAGUAGCAAUGAAGAUGACAACAGACCACAUAUUGAGGUAAAUCGGCAGUCUGCUUCAUUUGCAGCAGGAGUGCCAUCACGUCAAUCUGAGCAGAAGGCUUACCAACAGCAGUUUGGACAACAAAAUAGGCAACAAUUUGCUCAGCAAGCAGGACAACAAAAUAGGCAGCAAGCUGGACAACAAGCCAAUACUGGAAAUUACCGAACACAAUAUUCCAAUACCUAUAGCCCAGGAGAGAUGACUUAUGAUCGUCAAGCUGCUGCUGGUCGAAGUUUGGACGGCCUUCAAGGCACAACCCUUGAUAAAUUCGGAGCCGGACAAGGUUUUCGUGCUGGAACUUUGGACUUGGGUGUUCUAGAUCGUGGAAAUGUCGAUGAACAAGUUCGUCAAAGUGCAUCCUCCGGUUAUACUGCUGGAGGUCAACAAGGUGGAUCAUUUGGUGGAAGCACUUUCUCAUCAUCAUCGGGCACCUCCGAUCCUAUUUACAAUCAACGUUAUUCAAGCCACCGGGAGAAACCCUAUUAUGGAACUGCUGAUAGUGAAUACUACUACGAUCAAGACGACAACAACAACAAUAACAACGAUCGCACUGAAUACUCCUCAUCAUCUUCGUCAUCAUCAUCUGGAAACUUUGAUAGCAGACGUCGAACAAGACGAGAAGCCGAUGAUGGAACCAUCACUUUAAAUAGCAUUGCACCGUGUAAAACAACAAAAUGUGCAACACUUCGUUGUGUGGCAAAGAACUUGGGCAACAAUGAUGGCGUUUGGGUUGCGAUACGAAUGCGAUUGGUAGCUCGCACAAUGGAACGUUUAGCUUCAGAUGUUCCACUCAAUGUUUCGACAAUGGCUAUUUCACAUGUCACCAAAUUACCGUAUAUUGGUGAGCCAACCGAAGAAAUUAUGCGGUCGCAUGAGAUUUUCUACAAAGCUAUUCCCGAAACAAUACCAGCACCGGAUAUUAUUCCACUGUGGAUAGUGAUAUUGGCAGCGUGUGUUGGAGCGACUAUUUUGUUGUUGUUAGUCUACUUGCUGCAUAAGUGUGGUUUCUUCCAUCGAAAUCGACCAACUGACAGCUCACAAGAACGUCAGCCCCUUAGAAAUGGUUACCAUGGCGAUGAGCAUCUGUAAACUCUUAUAUAAAACUUUAUACAUUAAAAUAUUAACUGCUUAAUAGUUUAUAAUUAUUACAACAUUUGGUAUACCUAAUAACGAAACAAAAA